GGAAGAAACGUCAAACAAAAAGCCAUCAACAAAGCGUUUGCUGGACGGCGUGCUGCGGCGUGAAUUUUCCAGAAAAAGUAUCUCGAAUUUCAACACUUUUCCACCAUGGAUGAUGGCGAUUACGAUAACGAUGAUGUCGGUGGGGAUGAGUUCGACGAUGUCGAGGAGGACGACAACAUUGACGAGCUGAACCAGGAGGAGGAUGGGGAUAAUAUCGAAAUCAUCAAUCCGGGCCAGGCCGGCGGUGGUGUGCCGAAGAACAAGCGCAUCACGACCAAGUACAUGACGAAGUACGAGCGAGCGCGUGUGCUCGGUACGCGCGCCCUGCAGAUCGCCAUGUGCGCACCGAUCAUGGUGGAGCUGGAGGGCGAGACGGACCCGCUGCAGAUAGCGAUGAAGGAGCUGAAGCAGCGCAAAAUUCCCAUCAUCAUCCGGCGCUACCUGCCCGAUUCGUCGUACGAGGACUGGAGCAUCGACGAGCUAAUUAUAAUCGACCAUUAAAAGAGAGUGUUAAGUAUGGGGGGUUUUAACCAUUGUAUAUUAUAGUAAGGUGGAAAAAUACACAGUCUUCUCUACACAGGCUGCAAACAGGA